AAUGGUGAGAACUUCUGCAUUCUGGAUGAGCAGAAGUUUGCCAAGGAGCUACUCCCCAAGUACUUCAAACACAACAAUAUCUCCAGCUUCAUACGACAGCUUAACAUGUAUGGUUUCAGGAAGGUGAUUGCUCUGGAGAAUGGUAUGAUUACAGCAGACAAAAGUUCAGUCAUUGAGUUCCAGCACCCUUUCUUCAAGCAAGGGAAGGCACAUUUACUGGAAAACAUCAAGCGCAAGGUUUCUGCAGUAAGAACUGAGGAUCUCAAGGUCUGUACGGAGGAUUUGCACAAAGUACUCUCUGAAGUCCAGGAAAUGAGAGAGCAACAGAACAAUAUGGAUGUCAGGCUGGCUAACAUGAAGAGAGAAAAUAAGGCCCUGUGGAAAGAAGUGGCAGUUCUAAGGCAGAAGCACAGUCAACAACAGAAGCUGCUGUCUAAGAUUCUUCAAUUUAUACUAAGUUUGAUGCAAGGAAAUUAUAUUGUUGGGGUCAAAAGAAAAAGGUCUCUAACAGACGCUGCAGGUGCUUCACCUUCCAAAUACAGUCGCCAGUACGUUCGCAUACCUGUGGAGAGUGGCCAAGCAAUGGCUUUUUCUGAACAUAAUGUGGACGAUGAGGGUGGAAAUGGCACAGGUCUCAUCAUUCGAGACAUCACUGAUACCCUGGAAAAUGCCACCGAUGAUCUCCUUGCUGUGGCACACACAAGUGGCAGAGCCAGAGAGACACAGGCAGCUCUGGAUCCUGGCUUACCUGUUUGUCAACUAUCACAGCCAAAUGAAUUAUAUUGUACAGAACCUAUCCCACCAGUUCACAUAAAUGAUGUCAGCAAAUCCAGUGAAAUAGGAAAUGCUGCUGUGGAACUCCAUUCUGUGCAACCUAAUGCUCCGGAAGAUCCUGUGUCAGUGAUCGACUCCAUCUUGAACGAGAACAGCUCUGGAAGCCAAAAUGAUCCUUUACUGGACAGAGAAGAAAUUCAGGAUUUUCUUAAUUGCAUUGAUGCCAGCCUUGAAGAGCUUCAAGCAAUGUUAUCUGGGAAGCAGUAUAACUUUGAUUCUGAAGCUUUCAGUGAUACGCUUAAUCCUGAACUGCCAGCCCUGGAUAUGAGUUUGAUGGAAACUUCCCCUGGUAUGGAAAAUAUUGGAAACGUGGCAGAGAGCACGGAAGAUCUGGCAGCGAGUGAGAGAGAAACAGCAGGAAGCAAAGAUAUGCAGCUAAUACAGUACAGGGCCAAUCCUCUGCUUUCAUUAUUUGAAGAGCUACCUUCCAGCGAAGCAACAGAGAAGACAGAGGAUCAAAAAGACCUUCUGCUGCCCGCCCUGGAGGAGAAACCUGCUCUUCAGCCUCCAUCAGGUGGUGGAACUGUCUUGCCGCUAGCAGCUCCGGCAAGCCAGGCUGAGCCUCUGGAUGCUCUGGGAAUGGGUGAUCCACCUCUCCUCUCCGAAGAUGGGAAUGGAGAGUAUAAACUGUUUCCACUCCUGCUCCUCAGUCCUGUUGCUAACUUCAUAGAAGAGGCCUCUGAGAUAGAAACUUCUUGA